CAUGCUACAGACGCGCGCGUUCGGCCUGCUCGCCCGGCUGCUCCCAGCCGCGCUGGGCCCGGGGCUGAGUCGGACGGCGUGCGAGGGGCGCGGGCGGGCCUGGUUACAGCCGGAGGGCCGCGACACGGGCGUGCAGGUGUACAACAGCCUCACGGGCAGGAAGGACCCGCUGAUAGUAGCCCGCGCGGACGCCACCUCCUGGUAUAGCUGUGGACCAACUGUAUACGAUCACGCACACCUUGGCCAUGCUUGUUCAUAUGUUAGAUUUGAUAUAAUUCGAAGGAUCCUAACCAAGGUUUUUGGGUGCAACAUAGUCAUGGUGAUGGGUGUUACAGACGUGGAUGACAAAAUCAUCAAAAGAGCCCAUGAGAUGAGGGUGUCACCUGCUUCACUGGCCAGUCUGUAUGAAGAAGAUUUUAAGCAGGACAUGGCAGCCCUGAAGGUUCUCCCUCCAACAGUGUACUUGAGAGUAACUGAAAACAUUCCUCAGAUAAUCUCGUUCAUUGAAGGAAUAAUUGCUCGUGGGUAUGCCUAUCCAACAGUAAAAGGCAACGUCUACUUUGAUCUGCAGUCAAGAGGAGACAAGUAUGGCAGACUGGUCGGCGUGGCACCUGGGCCUGCUGGAGAGCCAGGGGACUCGGACAAGCGGCACGCCAGUGACUUUGCCCUGUGGAAGGCAGCUAAGCCCCAGGAGGUGUUCUGGGCCUCGCCCUGGGGGAACGGCAGGCCCGGCUGGCACAUCGAAUGCUCCGCCAUGGCCAGCAUGGUGUUUGGAGGUCAGCUGGAUAUCCACUCAGGUGGGGUGGACUUAGCGUUUCCCCAUCACGAGAACGAGAUUGCACAGUGUGAGGUCUUCCAUCAGUGUGAGCAGUGGGGAAAUUAUUUUCUACAUUCCGGGCAUUUGCACAUAAAAGGCAAAGAAGAAAAAAUGUCCAAAUCAUUGAAAAACUACAUCACUAUUAAGGUGCUGGAUCUCAUCACAGAAGUGCGGGAAGGACACACAGGACAGGGAUGCACAUGGCGGAGACCCCCAGAGGACUUUCUGCAGACAUUCUCCCCCGAAGUCUUCCGGCUCUUCUGCAUGUGCAGCAGCUACAGGUCAGCCAUCGACUACUGUGACAGCACCAUGCUGGAAGCUAGGCAGCUCCUACUGGGGCUGGCCUCUUUUGUGGAGGACGCACGUGCCUACGUUAAGGGGCAGCUGAUCUGUGACCCCGUCAAGGAAGACAUGCUGUGGGAAAGGCUCACCAGCACCAAGGAGGCCGUGAAGGCUGCAUUGGCAGAUGACUUUGACACACCCAGGGCAAUUGGCACCAUCCUGGACCUUGUGCACCAUGGGAACAGACAGCUCAGAGCAGUCACUAAGGAGCCUGGUGGUCCCAGGAGCCCUGCUGUGUUUGGUGCCAUCGUCUCCUACAUUGAGCAAUUUUUUGAGACUGUUGGAAUUUCUCUAGUAAAACAACAGUGCAUUUCAGGAGACAGCAGUGUGGCUACUCUGCACAGCGUGGUGGAUGAGCUGGUGCGCUUCCGGCUGAAGGUCCGGCAGUAUGCACUGACCACACCUGAGGCCGCUGGGGAUGCCCGGCGACAGCUGCUCCUGGAGAGGCGGCCCUUGCUGGAGGCAUGUGAUGCCCUGCGCCAGGACCUUGCCACACAUGGCAUCAGCAUCAAGGACAGAAGCAGCACUAUCUCCACAUGGGAACUGUUGGAUCCCAGGACAAAACACCAGAAGCCAGGAAGCUGAGGAAGGAGCAGUCAUCGGCCUACACAAGCAUGCAGCUUCUGGUGAAAACUUUAUAUUAAAGUUUCCACAGUGGCUACUCAA